AUGCCUAAAAAAAGGGAAGCGUUUUCUGAAACCAAUUUACUAAAAGCCAUAUCUGCUGUGCUAAAAUAUGAUGGUUCAAGCAAAAAAGGAGCUGCCAAACUGUUCAAUGUUUCAAGAUCAACAUUACAGUUUAGGCUGAAGAAUCCUGAUGGUAAAACGACUUGUGGCCCUAGUACUAUUUUAACUGCAGACGAGGAAAAACUUUCGGAAACCUGGAUACUGGAAAGUUGCAAAAAAGGAUUCCCUCAGAGCAAGGAACAUUUGCAGCUCAGCGUUAAACAAUUUUUGGAUAAUGACAAUAGACCUAAUCCGUUUAAAAACAAUUUACCAGGAGUUGGUUGGUAUAAAGCUUUUAUGAAUCGGCAUCCAUCCAUUUCUGUAAAAACUUCUGAACAUGUAACAGGUGCUAGUGCUAACGUUAGUGAAAAGGUCAUGAGAAAGUGGUUUUCAGAUAUUUAA